AUGAAGCUCUUCGAGAAGACGUUCGUUUUUGACCACAACUGGGAGACCGUCACGUCGGCCUUUUGGACGAAGUAUCCGAACGAGCUCCAGCCUCACGUCUUGCGUGUCGAUACACUCGACGUAGACAUCGAUCCGGAGAAGCAAGAGUUUGCGACGCGCCGGUUGCAUUCGCUCAAAUAUUCCGUUCCAAAAUGGAUGGAGUGCUUCUUCGGCGGCUCGUCGCCUGUAGGCUUCGGCUUGGAGGAGGCGUACUGUUCGCUUCCCGACAAAGUUCUGCGUCUCAGGUCGCAGAACUACACGUUUUCAUCUUUUUUCCGCGUUGAUGAGGAGUGCGUCUACACGCCGCACCCGACGGACCCCUCGCGGACGCUCUACAAGCAGACGGCGACUUACAAAGUUUUUGGGCUCGGUGCCGCCAUCAAUCGCGCGCUGGAAAGAGCGGCUGUGCGCUCUGCGGAGGAGAAGUCGAGUGUCGGAUUCUCCGUUGUCCAGUCUCGCGCGUCGUCGCUCGCGGAGCAGGGCUGGUGGCGGCGGCGCUGCGCCGCGUGUUUCCAGUCUCUGGAGACCGCCGCUGUGAACGCGACUCAGCACUACCGAGACUUAGUGAAGCACGUGGAGGCCUCUUUGUACCCCCGCUCGGGCUCCGCGUCGAGCCAGUGCUCCGCCCCGUCUGCGCCGCCGUCUCCGCCCUCCAGUCCCUUUCCUUCGGCGUCUUCGCUGCCUUCGCUCCUCUUCGACCGCUUCGUGGCAUACCCACUCCUGGAGCCUUCUCUCUUCGCCGCAUGCGCAAUGUCCACAUCUGCCAAGCGCUUUCUCCUCGGCCGGCUUUUACCGCCGUUCGUUCUCCCUGCGGAGGGUCGCGACCCUGCCUCGUCGCUCUUCUCUGUGCCCUCUUCGCUGCGAGCUUCGCUCCUCUCUCUCUCCCCCUCGAUCCCCUUGCCGCUGAACGCGCUUCGGCCUGCCCGCGCGGCCGCCGGCUCGGCGCAGGCUCCGCGCCUGGAGACGGGGGACGGGCGCGCGGGAGCCGCCGAGGCGGGAGCCGACGUCGACUGUCCGUGCCUGCGCUCUGCGCCGGGAGGCACUAAGCCGGAGAGCACACACGAGUGGCUGACAAGGAGACAGAAGGAGAAGUCAAAGGCAGACGCACGAGUGAUGGCGCCAGAGGCAAGCGCAGCGCAACGGGGGACUGUUGGAGGCGAUUUGGCUUGCGGCGCGUCGUCGAGCUCGUCAGAGAGCCAGGAGACGGUGGGGACGACGGGCGGAGAGAGCGGCGACGGGCGUGCUGCAGGCGCAGCACAUCCGGGGUGGAGGCAGGGAAGCGAGAACGAAGCAGGCCCGUGCUGUGGGCGAGGUAGACCGCUGCUUUUUCCGUCUUUGUGGAGGCCGAGUUCGCGGGCGCCUCCUCGGUGA